GUGAAUUAUUCACAAAAAAGACAUAGUUGAAGAAACCGAGAGCAGUUUACUGUCACGACAGCAAAGCCAUCGUCAGCCACCGCGUGAGAACACUUGGGCAAGCAUCGCUCAUUCUCCGAUGCAACUCCGUCCUUCUCAGCUCAAAUACUCUUUUUUUUUCGUAGCCGCUCGUUCUUUACAUCGCCCACAGAGAGCGGAGCUCCUAUGCAAUAUGAGUCGGGAUCGCUCAAAGAGCAAGCGAGAACGGGCUCGGUCUGGAAAUUGGCGCUCUUUGUCAUUUUUGGGUUCUUGGCGAAGGAAGAGCGAUGGCAGGAGGACCAAUUGCAUCACUGUCGCAGUUAGUCUCGUGCCCACUGUCCCGGUCAUUGAGUCAAAGACAGCCGUUCUUGUGUCGGAAUGAUGUCGGACAUGGUCGGCAAGCCUGAGCCAUGCUCUCGGCUCGCCACAAUAAUACACCGCUGAGCGUUCAGUCAAACUUUUG